GUCCUCUUAAAAAUUUUCUUAACAUAAUAUUAUCAAAAUGCAAGACGCAAAUAAUGUAAAUAGUUGGGCUAAUUGGGUUGAAGAAGCUAUUUCAAAAAAUCGUAUUAAAUAUUAUGAAUAUAAUCAUUUUUGUAAUAUCAAAGAAAUUGGUACUGGAAGUUUUGGAAGAGUCUUACAAGCAAAUUGGAAAAAUACUCAAAAACAUUUAGCGUUAAAAUCUUUAGCUAAUGUCAACCAAACCAUAAUUAAGGAAAUCGUUGAUGAGCUUAAAUUACAUCGUGAAGCGGAUUUCUAUAAGAAUGUUAUUCAUUUUUAUGGAAUUACUUCUUAUAAUAAAGAAAAUCAAAAUGAUAAUUCGGAGGUUUACUUGUUGGUAAUGGAAUAUACCGAUUCGAAAGAAAAUUAUAAUAGUCUCACUUGGAAUCGUAAAUUUGAUUUAGCAUCUCAAUUAUCAUGCUUAAAUGAAAAAGAAACUAUGCACCGUAAUUUGCAUUCCAAAAAUGGAUUAGUCCAUCAAAACACAAUCAAGUUGACCGAUUUUGGUUUUGAAAAAAGGGUUGCAUAUGAUGAUCCAAAAAAAUUCAAUUUGAAAAAAUUUACUUUAAACGAAAAAAAUGAUAUUUAUAAUACUGGCGUGCUUCUCUGGGAGAUAUCAAGUGAUCGACCACCUUCUAAAGGGAAAUCAACUUCGAAUUUAAUUGCGCAUAUACAAAAAGGUUUUAGAGAAACACCUAUUCCUGAUACACCUACCGUUUAUGUUGAUCUUUUUACUAAAUGUUGGAACAAAGAGCCAGAUAAUCGGCCUAGUAUUUAUCAAGUGGUUUCUAAAUUAAAAGAUUUAAAAAAUAAACAAAUUAACAAUAAUUUUCGCGUAAUGGUUGAUGAGAUAGUUAACCUUUCUAAUAAGAUAGAAGAUAAUGUUGAUGAAGAAGAGAAGCAGAAUAUUCUUAAUUAUUUAAAUAACCAUAAUGUGACUUCACAAGAAAUUUAUAAUUGGUCAUUAGAUAAUCAAACUCAUUCAAAUUCUAUUGUUUUACUUGGAGAUUUUAAUUAUUUAGGAAUUGCGAUUAGUGUCAAUAAAAAUAAAGCAUUUGAAUUAUAUCAAAAUGCAACAAAUUUAGGAAAUAUUAUAGCUCAUUAUAAUCUUGGUUGUUGUUAUAAAUAUGGAAAUGGUGUUGAUAAGGAUCAUAAUAAAGCAUUUAAUAUAUUUAAAAAAUCUGCUGAAAAAGUAUAUUCAAAAGGGGUAAAUUAUUUAGGAUAUUGUUAUAAAUAUGGUCUUGGAACUAGUGUUAAUAAAAAGAAAGCAUUCGAAUUAUAUCAAAAGGCAGCAAAUUUAGGAAAUACAUUUGGAAUAGUUAAUUUAGCAAAUUGUUAUUUCAAUGGAAUCGGAACUAAUGCUGAUGAUGAAAUGGCAUUUAAAUUGCAUCAAAAGGCAGCAAAUUUAGGAAAUACGUAUGGAAUGAUAAAUUUAGGAUCAUGUUAUAAAACUGGAAUUGGAAUCAAUGUUGACAAGAAUAAAGCAUUUGAAUUAUUUCAGAAGGCAGCAAAUUUAGGUAAUAUAAAUGGAAUAAUUAAUUUAGGAAAUUGUUAUCGACAUGGAAUUGGAAUCAGUGUUGACGAGGAAAAGGCGUUUGAAUUAUAUCAAAAAGCCGCCGACUUAGGAAAUACAUUUGGAAUAAUUAAUUUAGGGGUUUGUUAUCAAAAUGGAAUUGGUACUAGUAUUGAUACGCAAAAGGCGUUUGAAUUAUAUCAAAAAGCAGCAAACUUAGAUGAUGUAGAUGGGAUAAAUUAUUUAGGUUAUUGUUAUCGAAAUGGAGUUGGAACUGAUGUUGACAAACAAAAGGCAUUUGAGUUACAUCAAAAGGCUGUAAAUCUUGGAAAUUGGGAAUUUCAAUAAACUUGUAGAUAUUUUGAAUUAUAUAUAUAAUAAUUUUUCGGAGCGAAGUAUAUAUCAUAAUCGUAGGUUUAUUGAUCAAACAUUUAUUUAUUUGUUGUUAAUUAUUCACCUUUUCUUCCUUUGAAAAUAUAGAUUUAAAUUUUUUUUGUAUUUCAAAAUUUUUAAUUUUAUCUGUACUUUUCUGUUACAUUUGUACAUUUCUGUAAGAAACUCUACGAAUCUGUUACAUAAUCGAAGAGCUCAAGCUGAGUAAUACGCUGAUAAUACAUAAUAUCGCUUUAAUUUUUAGUGUAAUAAUAUUAACCGCGAGAUAAAUAUGUACUUUAUUUAAUUUAUGAUAUAAAUAAAAUUAAAACAUUUUCAAAUUAUAUUCCUGGUAUAAGAUACAUAUUAAUUUC